AUGGACUGGACGAAAUCUGGAGUUGGGGUCCUAGGACCGUGCAUCCCUCUGCUGGCCAUCUUCCUGCUGGGGAUCUCCCAGGCACACCCCAUCCCUGACUCCAGCCCCCUCCUCCAGUUUGGGGGCCAAGUCCGGCACAGGCACCUGUACACAGAUGACGACCAGGACACUGAAACCCACCUGGAGAUGAGGGAGGAUGGCUCAGUGGUAGGCACCACACACCGCAGCCCAGAAAGUCUCCUGGAGCUCAAAGCCUUGAAGCCAGGGGUCAUCCAAAUCCUGGGUGUCAAGGCCUCCAGGUUUCUUUGCCAACAACCGGAUGGAACCCUGUACGGAUCGCCUCACUUUGACCCUGAGGCCUGCAGUUUCAGGGAGCUCCUGCUUGAAGAUGGAUACAAUGUGUACCAGUCUGAAGUUCAUGGCCUGCCCCUGCGGCUGCCCCCGAGGGACUCUCCUAACCAGGCCCCUGCAGCCCCGGGGUCGGUGCGCUUCCUGCCGGUGCCAGGACUGCCCCACCAGCCGCAGGAACUGCCAGGGUUCCUGGCCCCAGAGCCUCCAGAUGUGGGCUCCUCUGACCCACUGAGCAUGCUGGGGCCUUCCCAGGGCCGAAGCCCCAGCUACGCUUCUUGAACCUUCUGACUCUGGGGAGUGUAUCUUUUUUGGGUUUCUUCUUAUUUAUUGUGGGUAUUUAUCUAUUUAUUUUAAAAUUUUUCUUACUUGGGACAAUAAA